CACUGCCUAGUCCUCUCCCUCUGUGGUCCAUCUCCGAAGCUGGGGCUUGGCGGGGACCCGCCCUCCGGGAGAGACAGGGCCGCGACCUUCUCGGACCCGUCCACGCCCUGUGGGGCCCCUCAUGCGGCCCUUCGCACGGGCUUCCCCCACUGCCCCGGAUCCCCCUCUGGCGCCCGUGCGCUAACGCUCCUAAUGCUUUUUUCCCCCUCUCUGUAGGGAUGGAAGCUUCCUGGCGCCAGGUGACCGGUGGCCGAGGCCGAGUCCGAGGACGGGCCACUGCGGUCUCCGCCUCAGGAAAUGGAAGCCACCUCCGCGGCGCUGGAGCAGGGCGAGAGAAGGGGUCGGUGGGCGAGGCUCGUCCGGUUCCCGUCCCGGGUGGAGCUGGGACUGCGGUGGCCGCAGGUGGCUCAGGCAGGCGCAGCCCCGCGGGCUCCGAAGCGCGGCAGACUUCCGUUGCCGGUGAACUAAUGUCUCAAAGGAAGUUUGAGGAAAUAAAGAAGGCUAAUCAAGCUGCAGCCAAAAAGCUUGUAGAAGAACGCUUUAGCUCUUCCUCUGAAGAAGAAGGAGAUGAAGCCUUGGAAGGAAAGUGGGGAAAAAUAGUUGCUAAAACAUUUAUAACUUAUACUACUCAGACAGAUGGAGAUAUACGUGAAUUAGAGCGAACAAAGCAGUAUGUAAAUGAAGCUUUCCAAGCAGGGGCUAUGACAUGCUUAAUUUGUAUUGCUUCAGUGAAGAGAAACCAAGCAGUUUGGAGCUGUUCAGGUUGUUUCUGUAUAUUUCACAUGCCCUGUAUCCAGAAGUGGGCUAAAGACAGCCAGUUUCUGGUGUCUUCUCCUUUGACAGAUGAUGAUUUUGGAAAGAGAGAUUAUCCCUGGCCUUGUCCAAAAUGUAGGUUUGAAUACAAACGAUCUGACACUCCUAGUAGGUACUAUUGCUAUUGUGGGAAAGUGGAAGAUCCACCUUCAGAUCCAUGGCUUGUGCCUCAUUCGUGUGGCCAAGUAUGUGAGAAAGAAUUUAAACCUCCUUGUGGCCAUAAGUGUUUACUCCUAUGUCAUCCAGGUCCCUGCCCUCCUUGUCCAAAGAUGGUUACAACUACUUGUUACUGUAAGAAAGCAAAACCUAUUCCUCGUAGGUGUAGCAUGAAGGAGUGGUCCUGUCAGGGCCCAUGUGGGCGGAAGUUGCUUUGUGGACAACAUAAAUGUGAAAAUUCUUGUCAUGCAGGAAGUUGUCUACCCUGUCCAAGAGUUAGUAGACAAAAGUGUGUCUGUGGCAAACAAGUAACUGAAAGAAGCUGUGCAAGUCCAUUGUGGCAUUGUGUUCAAGUAUGUGGAAAAACACUGCCAUGUGGUAAUCAUACGUGUGAGCAAGUUUGCCACGUUGGUGCUUGUGGAGAUUGUCCUAGAUCUGGGAAGAGGUUCUGUCCAUGUCAGAAGUCAAAGUUUUCUUUGCCUUGUACAGAAGAUGUACCAACUUGUGGAGAUAGUUGUGACAAAGUUCUUGAAUGUGGAAUCCAUAGAUGUUCACAGCGUUGUCACCGAGGUCCUUGUGAAACAUGUAGACAGGAAGUGGAAAAGCAUUGUCGCUGUGGAAAACAUACAAAACGAAUGCCAUGUCAUAAACCUUACCUGUGUGAAACUAAGUGUGUUAAGAUGCGGGACUGUCAGAAGCAUCAGUGCAGGAGAAAGUGUUGCCCUGGAAACUGUCCACCUUGUGAUCAAAACUGUGGACGGACUUUAGGAUGUAGAAACCAUAAGUGUCCAUCUGUCUGCCAUAGAGGCAGUUGCUACCCCUGUCCAGAAACUGUAGAUGUGAAGUGCAAUUGUGGUAAUACAAAGGUGACAGUACCCUGUGGCCGAGAACGUACCACUAGACCACCCAAGUGCAAAGAGCAAUGCAGCCGACCACCAACUUGCCAUCAUACAAGUCAAGAAAAACAUCGCUGUCACUUUGGCUCUUGUCCUCCGUGUCAUCAACCUUGCCAAAAAGUUUUGGGGAAAUGUGGUCACUUGUGUCCUGCUCCAUGUCAUGAUCAAGCGUUAGUAAAGCAAACUGGCAGGCACCAGCCCACAGGCCCUUGGGAACAGCCUUCUGAGCCAGCAUUUAUUCAGACUGCAUUACCUUGUCCUCCAUGUCAAGUUCCUAUUCCUACAGAAUGUCUUGGGAAGCAUGAGGUGAGUCCACUACCAUGCCAUGCGGUAGGACCCUACUCUUGUAAGAGGGUUUGUGGACGAAUGUUAGAUUGUCAGAAUCAUACAUGUAUGAAAGAAUGCCACAAAGUGACUGAAACUGAUGCCUCCACUGGCAAAAACAAGGCUGGCCCAGAAUGCCUUCAAUGUGAAGAAGGGUGCUCUAAAUCACAGCCACUGGGUUGUCCCCACCCUUGUGUUUUGCCAUGUCACCCUGGAGAAUGUCCUCCUUGUGUUCAGAUGCUUAGAAUAAAAUGUCACUGCAAGAUCACAAGUCUGUAUGUGGAAUGUAGAAAAAUAACCACAGCUGAUGUAAAUGGAAAGAACCUCCUCGGUUGUUGCAAAAAUCAGUGUCCUAAAGAGCUUCCUUGUGGUCAUAGAUGUAAAGAGAUGUGCCAUCCUGGUGAAUGUCCCUUUAAUUGCAACCAAAAGGUAAAACUUAGAUGCCCUUGUAAAAGAAUAAAAAAGGAAUUGCACUGCAAUAAAGUACGUGAAAAUCAGAUUUCCAUAGACUGUGACACAACAUGCAGGGAAAUGAAGCGGAAAGCAUCUGAGAUAAAAGAAGCAGAAGCCAAAGCUGCACUUGAAGAGGAAAAACGGAGACAACAGGCUGAACUGGAGGCUUUUGAAAACAGACUGAAGGGACGUCGGAAGAAGAACAGGAAAAGAGAUGAAGUUGCAGUUGAACUAACACUAUGGCAAAAAUACAAAUACUAUCUCCUUCCUGUGUGUGCCAUUGUGGUUUUAGUGGUUGCAUGGUAUACAGCCCAUGAUGUUGAUUAAAAAAUUUUCAUCUGUUAAUAUACCUCAGGUUGGAUUUAGAUAAGUUGUUAAAUUUGAAAUAUUAGAAAGCCUGUAUUGUAGAACAUGAUACACACACACACACACACACACACACACACACACACACACACACACACACACACACACACACACACACACACACACACACACAGACAUUCAUACCUGUAUUCUCUUCCAGGUGUUGUUAGAAGGACAAAAUGUUAAGCUUUAUCUUAGCAUACUGGAAGUGGCAACAUAACAUUAUUUAAUAGUAAAAGCAUGACUGAAAUUGUAAAAUAUUUCAGAGGGCACAGCUGGUGGCAGAGUAAAAUGUUAGUUGUUCAUUGUUUUUUCCUUGUGUUAACAUAGUUGUUUCAUUUACUCUUUUAAACAAUAUGUUUUUUUUUCCUCCAAAUUAAGAUAAAACUUAGCUAUAUGUGCAGUAAAAGGAACAUUUCAUAAUGUUUGGUUACUAAUUAAAAGGUACUUUUCUUGGUCAUGUAACUUUGAUUUAAAAAAAAAAAUUACUCUAUGGAAGACCUCUAAAUUGUAACAUGUAGAUACAUAAUUGGAUUCCAGAAAUUGGUUAAUUAGUGAUGAGUUUCUAUCAGUUAUUGAAGUAAAUUUAUAUGUAGUGUGUUUCUCAGAGGAAAAUAUAAUUGUUCUCAAAAAAAUGCCAGGCUAGAUUCCUUACAUGUGGCUAUCUCUUGUGUAAGAAGCUUUCAGCUGAAGCUUGUAUGUAUCUUUUCAAGGUAAUGAUAAUAGAAAAACUAAUAUUUAUGAGCAACAUAUGCUGAGCACAGAGCUUAUGAACUUUACUACUUCAUUUUCAUUUCUUCUUACCAUAAUCUUGUAAGUAGAUUGCAUCUGAAAAUAGUCAAUUCUUAUGGAAAUAAGAUGAUAGAGAAACAUCAGUAAGCCAAAUCUGUUUGAAUUGUAAGUCAUUUUAAAUGGUUUUACUAUUACUUUUUUGUAUGAUUGUUUUCAUUAAAUGGUUUCAUACUAAAUUUACAAUCUAGAAUAUUUAUUACCUAAAAUAUUUAAGAGCCUAUAAUUUUAGGCUGAACGUUAGUAUCAGUGUAAAACUCUAAUACUUGGUGCAAAACAUAGUAAUUGUUGGAUACUAGAAAGUGGUGGAAGUAUAUUUUAAACAGAAGUACAAAGAAGGAUUUUUUUUGAUUAAGGUGUCAUUGACAUACAAUCUUAUGAAGGUUUCACGUGAGCAACAUUGUGGUUUCAGCAUUCACCCAUAUUAUCAAGUUCCCCCAGCCCCAGCCCCAUUGCAGUCACUGUCUAUCAGCAUAGUAAAACACUAUAGACUCAUUACUUGUCUUCUCUGUGCUAUACUGCCUUUCCCAUGACUUAACCUAUAUUGUGUGUACUAAUCAUAAUGCCUGUUUCCUCUUCUCCUUUCCUCCCCAACCCCUUCCUUUUGGGAACUUUGUAGUCCCUUCUUGGAGUCUGUGAGUCUGCCCCUGUUUUGUUCCUUCAGUUUUGCUUUGUUAUACACCACAAAUAAGUGAAAUCAUUUGGUACUUAUUUUUCUCUGCCUGGCUUAUUUCAAUGAGCAGAAUAGCCUCCCGCUCCAUCCAUGUUGUUGCGAAUGUUAGGAUUUGUUUUCUUUUUAUGGCUGAAUAAUAUUCCAUUGUAUAUCUAGACCACAUCUUCUACAAAGAAGGAUUUUUAAAUUUUGCUGACUUUAACUCAAAUUUUGUAAAUAUUAUGUUAUUAAUCAACUGUUUACCUGGUAUCUAAUAUGAAAGGGCAGUCAUUCCUUUCUUUUAUGGCUAUGUGUGUGUUUUGAGUAAAAAAAAUUUUUUCUCUCUCUCCCAGUGUUAGAAUUACUGGGUUGGUGUUUUAGAAGCUCUAAAUCAGAGCUGCUUCACUCAAGUCAUCAUCUUACUCUAUUCUAAAAAUGAAUAUUAAUAUGAAUUACUAGGUAUCUACCUGGGAAACUGUUUUCAUGUAUUUCAGAAUCUUGGCUUUAUAAACAAGCCUGAAGCCUAGUUCAUGUAUGUCUGCUGGGCUUAUGUUCUUGCUUGAUUUUCUUUAUAAUAUGUGGGAAAGGAGUAGAGUAUAGUUUGUGUAGUGAGUAGAGGAAGGAGACUGGGUGAAUGGUAAAUUAAGCUUUUGGCCGUUUUUUAUUUGCUUGACUAAUAGCUCAGAGCUUGGUUAAUUUACCCAAAGUAUUACAACUGUUUGUUUACUUAUAUAGCCGAUUUGUUUCCUGUGUGACAGGUACUUUCUAGGUACUGGGGAUAAUGGUGAUCUUUUCCCUUGGGGAGCUGUUAAAGGAGUAGAGGAGAGCAGACAAGCAGGCAAGAAAGAGGUACACAAUAAAACGCACAUGAGUUUCAUGUGUGAUAAGUGGUGUUAAAAAAUGACAGAAAGGGUACAGAAAAUGGUGAAAGUAGGGGUGAAGGGCACUAGCUACUUUACACUGAGAAAGUCCCUCUGAGAUGGGACAUUUGAACUGUGACCUGAAUGACCUUCAUUUGACCACCUGAGGGAAAAGUCUAGGAAGGAGAGAAAGCAACAAGUACCAAGUGUCUAAGUUGGAGAGAUGCUUGGCAUGGCUGAAGAGCAAAAAGAAGGGCUGGCUGGAGCUUAAUGAAUGAGAAGGAGAGCAGGUGUAGGGCCAGUUCCCAUGGGGCUUCAUAGAGUAUGAUGAGAAAUUGGGUUUUUUAUUCUAGUCACAGAGGUCAGUGUUGGAAGGUUCUAAGUGGGGAGUAGAUAAUUGUUUUAAUUUAAGACUCCUGUCUGCUGGCUGCUGCUUGGGAAAAGGACUGUAAGCGGGGAAAGAAAACAGCAGGGAGGAAGAUGCACUGGGAGGCAGCCCAGUCUGGAGGUGCCCGUGGGGCUCUGAUUCAAACAGUGACGUGGCUCCAGGUUCCAUGUUCCCCAUUGCCCUAACUGAGUCGCAUGAGGAUGCUGCAGAAACUGCUGCGUGAUGAGUGGAAGGGGAAUAAAAGAAACAGGAGAGAGGAAAUAAGUUCUUAAAUGAAGUGAAAUUUCUUCUAAAUGCUUAUACUACUUUGUUCUGAGAGAGAGAAAGCAGUACAUACUGUCCUUUUUGCUUCAGUCUAAGAAAAUUAGAGAAUAAAUAGAAAACAGCCACCAAGAAUAACAGAUAAAAUUGUGAAUGUGAUGCCUUAUGUUUGUUUCCUUUGUGUCACUGUAAAAGUUUAUUCGCUUACUAUUUGAAAUUUGUGGAAUAUUUAUAUUGAUAUCUUUAAAGUGUGUCAGUUUAAACACUUUUAGAGAUUGACCAACACAUGGUAUUUGUAUUUCAGUAAUUUCACUAUUCAAGCCUAAACAAUUUCAGAUAAAUCGGUAUAAUCUUUGCUGAAAUUGCCAAAGGAACUUCAGGUGCAAAACAUUGAAAAUGUUUACUUUUUGCAAAGAAAUCUGAUGCUUGAAUUUUGUGACUAUAAAUGUUAAAAAUUUUAAACACAGCUAAGUAUCUGUGGUAGUGUUUAAAGACAACCUGUAAGAACUUUUUGGCUUUUUGUGUUGUUUCAGAUGGUCCUUCUGACUCUUUGUGCAGUUAAGUUUGCCCAUCCUUGGGUUUUGGGAAGUGAGAUGGAUGUCUAAGCUUUGGAGCAGGAGGAGACAUGAAGUGACUAUGUGCCUUCUCUGGUCUAUGAAGUUGCCCUCUUUAUUGAAUGGCAGGGAUUAGACCACCCUAAGCCUUGGGCCAUAGGGUCUACCUGUGAGGUUGGAAGAAGAAGCAGAGUAUUGGUUACUACUACCUAGAAGAGAUGUGAAUUUGGGAGUUGUGAAUGGAGCUGGGAACCCCUCUGUUUCUCUAAGAGACGAGAGAACUGGUGUCCACCAGGAAGAACGCUUUCAUGUAUUUCAGAAUCUUGGUCUAUUGAGUAAGUGUAGGCCUGUUGCUAAAUUUUCUUCCCAGUGAAUGAAGGGAAAAAAUAUUUAAAUGGUGCUGUGCAGAAUUACCCACAUAAGCCUGAAAUUCCACAGUCCUGAUUCAUUUGCAUUAAAACACCUCUAGAGAGCUAUUCCCAAACCACCCUCUUCACCCUCAUCUGGUCAUCUGCUUAUCCCCUCACUGUACUUUUUCCUCAUAACACUAAACAGUGCCUGUCAUUGUAGUAUUUGUUUUCUGUCUCCUUCAUUAGGAGGUAAGCUCCAUGAGGGUAGGGGUGCGGUUUUGUUUACUGUUCUAACUACAGAGUGGGGAACUGGGCCUUGGUGCUGGCAUUUAUUUCCUAGGGCUGCCAUAGCAAAUCACCACAAACAGAGGCUUAAAACAGCAGCAAUUUAUUUUCUCACAGUUCAGGAGGCCAGAAGUACAAAAUCAAAGUGUCAGUGGGGUUGAUUCUUCUGAACAGACAGAAACCAUUCAUAACUCUUUCCCAGCUUCUGGUUGUAGGUAUCAGUUCCUGGCUUUUCUUGGCUUGUUGACGUCUUUCUUAUCUUGCCUUCAUCUUCACAUGGCUGCCUUCUCUGUGUCUCUGCUUGUCCUUUUCUGUAUCCUAUAAGGACUCUCUGCAUCUACAGCCUGCCAUGACCCAGUAUAAUCUCAUUUUAACUAAUUAUGUCUGCAAAGACCCUAUUUCCAAAUGAGGAUGGUCACAUUCUUACGUUCAGGUGGGCAUUAAAUAUUGGUGGUAUACUAUUCAGUGCUCAAUACAUACUUGAUGAAUGAAUGAAUGAAUGAAUUCAUAGUGUAAUUCUACGUUGUGAACUCCUUGGACAUUUUUCAUUACUGUCCUAAUAAUUGUGCUAAGAAGGUAGGGGUCAACAGGUCAGUCUGGUUCCGGAUUGCUUGGGCUCCAGUUCUGGUUCUACCACUUCCUAGUUGUGAGAUCUUGGGCAGUUAUUUGACUUCUGUAAGCCUCAGUUUCCUCUUCUGUUAAAUAGUGACAAUAAAUGUUUGCGAUUAUUA